GCUGGUGGGAAGAAGGACAACCCACGAUGGGGGGUGACGACGACACUCGCACUGGUGGUGCUGGUGGUGGUGGUGGUGGUGGACGUGCGGCGUUGUGGGCACAUGCCGUCAAUUCCAAGGCCCAGCUCGAGGCUGCGCUCGCCCAAGGCAUCGUGUGCAUCGAGGCUGAUGUGCUGCUGUCUGAGGGGAAUGUGCCCAUUUUGGCCCAUCCUCCCGAACGCACGUCGGACAUCACCGUUGAGGACCUUUUGCAGGCAUUGGUGGCACACGAGCCACCCCAGCAGAGCCACCAGAAGAUCGUCAAGCUCGACUUCAAGGAUCCGGCUGUCGUUCAACCCAGCUUGAACCUCCUCGACAAAUUUACAGCGUCCCUCUCCACUUGGGAGGUCUGGCUCAAUGCAGACAUCCUCAAGGGGCCAGGCGGUGCCGCCCCGCUCUUUGAUGCUGACGCAUUUGUUAGCCAGUGCAAGCACCACGGCACACUGUCGCUCGGCUGGACAACCUCCAUGUACACAUUCAACUUUGCCUACACAAUGGUCAUGGCAACUGAAAUGAUCGAGUUGUGUCAAGCACAUGAGCUGCCCACCCCGCCAACGUUUGCCAUGUCCGCUUGCUGCGCACGCGAAUCUCCCCACGCCAUCGCCGCCCUCAUGCGUCACGUCCACAACGCCACCAUCACCCUCUGGGGCCUCGUCGAUGACCCCCUCCAAACCUGGGCCAACUCCUUGGCACAGCGAUACUGCGGGCACGUGUACAUUGAUUGCUUGCAGGCACCAUUCACGCGACGGGCGGCGUAUGCUGUCUUGCGCGCCCUUGGCGUCUUGACGUCCCACGACACGGCCAAUGCUGAUGGUGACGAUGAUGGUGAUCGUGAUGGUGAUCGCUGUGGUGCUUAUCGUGGUAGUCGAGCACGGCAUGCCAGCUGACUGGGUGAGUGCUGGGUGAGUGUUGGGAGAGUAUGCGUUUGUCGAUGGUGUUUAUUUGAAGCGCAAGGUGCCGCUUGCAGCAAAACAACACAGGCUAGGUAAACAAUUGUC